AUGAUGGGCAAGGAGGCGUCUGAGUACAUGCUCUUCGCUUCUGAGGGGGAGCCGUGCUUAUUUAAGCACGUGUCCCCCCGGGACAUCCAGCAAGGCUAUUUGGGCGAUUGCUGGAUGGUCUCCUCCUUUGCUGCAUUGGCGGAGUAUCCCGAUCGAGUGCGGUCCCUGUUCAGGCAACAGGAGCUCACAGCGGAUGGCCGAUACGAUGUCCGGCUCUACGAUCCACAGUCCGAGGAGUGGAAGGUUGUCACCAUCGAUGACCGCCUUCCCUAUUGGAAGAGGAAAGGCAAGCACGGGAAUCUGGUUUUCGCCAAGCCAACGAAGGAGAACGAGUUUUGGCCGUGUUUGCUGGAGAAGGCCGUGGCAAAGUUUGUGGAGUCAUACCACCGACUGGACGGUGGCUGGGAAUCUGUAGCUCUGGAGUGUCUCACGGGCAAGCCGUCCCUUUGCAUCAGCAUCAGCCCCGAUGAGAAGCCACAUUCGCCGUAUUCCUUCACCUGUGGCCCUGAUGAAGCCUCGGCCUCCCACUGUACGGUGCACAUGCGGAUCCAGAGUUAUGAUGCGAAUUGGAGCUAUGCCACUGUGGACGCUUCCAUCAUGACGGAAUGCGAGACCCAGCUGAGCGAUGACUGGGUCUGGGAGAAGCUGAAGCAAUGGAACGGGGAGGGGCAGGCCCUGGCCUGCAACACGCGAGGCAACUACAAAGGCAUUUUGGGAAGCCACGCCUACACGCUUCUGAGGAUGUUGGAUAUUCCCUACACCCGCGAUGGCCAGCAAAAGAUCCUGCGGAUGCUUCAUGUUCGCAACCCCCACGAGACCAACGAGUGGUUCGGAAGAUUCCAUGACGACGACUGGGAGACCUGGAAUGCCUUCCCUGAGGCAUUGAAGGCAACGGGCCACAAGGUGGGCAUUAAAGAUAACGGCGUGUUCUGGAUGGACUGGGAUGAGUACAAGCAGGGCUUCUCUGAUAUUGCCGUGAAUUUCUCGGCCGAAAAGGACGGCCAGCGCUACACGGAUUCUUCGCCCGAGGCAACGCGCCACCACCAAGCCGUGACUUGGGGAGUGGUCGGCCACCAGCCAUGGGCCGGCCUCAAGUGA